GACUCGAUUGCGCCGACACUCGAUAUACCCUAUACUCACAGUACAACCACUCGAGACGCAGAACUCGCUACCAUGUGCGGCUCCGACUGCUUCUUGAUGCUUCUCAGCGUCCUGUUCCCACCCGUAGGCGUGUGGGUCAAGAAGGGCCUCUGUAGCGCCGAAUCUCUGAUCAACCUUGCGCUUUGCUGUCUCGGGUUCCUUCCAGGCCUUCUGCACGCCUGGUACGUGAUCCUCCAGAACCCAGAUCCAUACGACGCCUACCAGCCAGUUCCGGAUCGCGAAUAUGGCAACAGCAGCAACGGCAGAGUCACGUACUAUGUCGUCUCGCACGAGCAAGGCGCGGGGCGACCAGCGAAUUACGGCACUGUGGCGGCUCAGCCAAGUAAUGGACAGUUCCCGGGCCAGCAGAGCGGUGUGACGAACAGCUUUGCACCGCCUCAAGGACACAAGGCGGCGAAGAACAGCGCGCCUGCUCCGAGUGCGUCAGCGCCAGCACCUCAGGGUGGCGAGGGCAGCUCCAGUCAGCCCGAGGGGCCACCUCCGACGUAUGCCGAUGUCAUCAAGGGCGACCACAAGGUGCAGGACUAGUAAGAGGGGGAGGUUGGCACUUCCAAGAGGAAGAUAUUUUUUGCGCAGUGUGAUGGAUUCAGAAUUAUGGAUUGGGGCUAUGGCGUUGAAGGGACAUGGGGUAUUAGCGCAAGGGCCUGCAGCAUGGGAAACACUGGUUGUAUGGACGCGAUAGGCGCGGAACGGUAAUGGGCAGGUCGAGACAAGAGGGUGUUGGAUGCCCACCACCUAGUGUUUGUGUAAUGUAAAACAUGUUUGGCAGUCCAAUGCAUACGUCAUUGCGCGAAAGCUU